AUGCACAAUUACAACGAAAAGGUGGCAUCCACUUACAAAACGAAAAUUAGACGAAUAUUUGGUGUUGAUUGUCCAAGUGGAUUCGAUUAUUUUCCGGAAUGGCAACUUUGCAUUGGAAGUACCUUGAAAGAAGGUGACGGUUGGACAGCGAAUGAGCAAUCGUGUUUCAUUGAGGGAGGAAAUUUGGUGGCAAUUCAUGAUGCAUUCUAUAAUAAUUUUAUUGGGACGACUGCCUUGAAGCAAAUGGGAUCAUAUCGAGUAAUGAUUGGAUUGAAGCAAAAUGGAACCGUUUGGGAAUGGGUUGAUGGAUCGGCGUUCGAUUACCAGAGAUGGGCACCUGGAGAGCCAUCAAACAAAUACGGAGAUGAGGAUUGUGCCUAUUUGGAUCCAAAUAACAACAAUUGGUACAGUGGAGAAUGCUUUUAUUUGACCAAUUUUCUGUGUCAGAUUCCGCUUGUGUUAAACAAA